GAGGGUGGGGGGCAGAGAGAAGGGUCUCCAACGGGCAGGGAGAGGUACAGGCUGCCGGAGCUAGCCCAGGACUGCCCCCUCCUGGCCCAGUCAGACCCCCUGGGCCUGAGAAACUCUGUCUCCCGUAGGGGGCGUUGGCCUCGCCCUUUCUCUGCUUCCAGCACCCGGGGCGGCUGCAGAUGGCAGCAUCUCUGGGGACGGCAGCUGCGACUGAGUCCACGGGCCGACGCUGAGCUGCUUAGGCCGAGGCUGUGCGCUCAGCCCGGAGCCCUCGGAACAGGCAUCUGCAGGGCUUGAGCCCACCUCGUAGACCCACCUGGCAGUAGAGGGACAAGAGGAGCUGGAGCUUGGAGACAGAGGUCUGAAAAGCUGGAGCUUCUCUUCAGCCUGCCCUGGAGGUCAUUCCAUGCAUCCCCUUUCUUCCCUCCCUAGAAGACAAGGGUCUCCGUCUUCCCAGCCGUAAGGUGAAGCUCCGACCUCCUGGCUCUGUGAAGCCUGCGGGUCCCCCUCUGGGAGGGUGGGUGGGAUAAGCAGCCUCUCUGCUGGUUCUCACCGACCGCGUCUCAGCAGCCAAGGCCUCCGCGAUGCCGCACUUCCUGGACUGGUUCGUGCCUGUUUACCUGUUCAUCUCUGUCCUCAUUCUGGUGGGCUUCGGCGCCUGCAUCUACUACUUCGAGCCCGGUUUGCAGGAGGCGCACAAGUGGCGCAUGCAGCGACCCCUGGUGGACCGUGACCUCCGCAAGACAAUGAUGGUUCGCGACAACCUGGCCUUCGGGGGCCCCGAGGUCUGAGUUGACCGGCUCUGUUGGCGGUGGGGGGCGGGCACCGGGUGCCCUCUCCCGUCCCGCCCGGCCUGGAGACCCCGGGGCAGACGGAGGAGAAUCCCUGGUCGUCCAGGCUCUCCCUCGCAGCCUGGCUCCUCCCAGGAGGAGGGGCUCUGGGAGGACCCUGGCUGUGGGGCACCUGGGUGCCUUGAGAUGUCGCUGCUGAUGGCCCAGGGCUUGCUCUCCAGGUCAAGCCAGCUUAUCCCACACCUGCCUUCCCCAGCUCUGGGGACGCCCCACGGCCCCCCAGUGCCUUUGUGCUGCCCAGCACUCCUGCCCCUCCACCCGGCGUCAGGCAUGGCUGCCCCUGCCUGUCCUGAGCCUUCAGAUCUCCCACUUCCCUACCAGAUCCUCGGUGACACUCAGCUCCCCACUCCAGCCAAUGGUAUCGACCCUACAGCUUCAUGGGCCAGGCUUCAAAGCUGACCCAAGGAAAGGGCCCCCUUUGGAGGGAUGUCAGCUGAGUCCAGCCCAGUCCUACCACUCCGGACCCGGGCUUGGCAUGGACGAGUGUUUGUGGUGGGGUGUGCAAGGGGCAAGGCCAUAGAGGAAGGAGGUGUGUGUGUGUGUGAUAGAGAGAGAGAACGUUUGGGGUCAGGCGUGCGGAGGGGAGGAGAAGCAUGUUUGUGUGAGGGGGGUGGCCCCCAGGCAGGAUGCGAGGUGGUGGGGAUGGGGUGAGCUUUGUGGGCAGUGUGGGGACCACCAGCAGUUCCCACCCCCCACCCUCGGCUGGACUUGCCUAUCCCUUCCCUUUCCCAAGGCUGAGGCCACUGGCAGGAGCCCCUGCCCUCCCCUCCGGGUCCUGCACUGCACCAGGGGCCCCAAGCCCACCCUGGAGCCUCUCCUUCUCUGUGGAGCACCACUGCCUCCUUUUUGGACAUAGAUUGGCAACCUGCUCACUCCCCUCCUUUGGGGCGUCCAUCUUAAUUUAUCUUAAUAAUAAAGACUCCAUGACUAUC